CCCCACCGGGCCGGCAGGUCCGCCGUGCCAAGCAGCAAGCUGCAGCAGAUCUCUUUUUGCCCUUCCUUCCACAAACCCCCGCCGACGCCAGCACCGCCGAUCGAGCCGCGCGCCAUGGAGGACGUCGUCACCGCCGUCCCGCCGCCGUCCCGCUUCUCCCCCGACGACCUCGACAACUUCGCCGCGCCGCCGCCGCAGCCCACCCCCAUCCUCGUCGUCUCCCCCAGCCCCAGCCCGCCCGCCCCGCGCCUCCUCAUCGUACUCAUCUCCCCCACCUCCCUCGCGCUCCUCGCCUCCCCGCCCCCUCUCCACGCGUCCCUUCUCCUCCCCGACCUGCCCCUGCAGCCCCACGCGCCGAUCCGCGUCUACCUCCACCCCUCCGGCGCGCUCCUCGCCGCCGCGCACGGCGCCGUCCCCGCCCACCGCGCGCGCGCCGCCGCCAAGGCCCUCGUCUCCAAGCUCCAGCCGGAGGAGGUGCUGGUCCUGGACGCGGUCCGGAGCGCGUCGUACAGGGGCCGGCUCGCGGCCGACGAGCCCGUGGAGGGGAAGCUGGAGACCCGCGCGGCGCGCGCGCGGGGAGGCGUGAGCGCGGCCAGGGGCGUGCCGGCGCUGGCCCCGCCGGGGAGCGUGGUGGACGGGCUCGGCGCGGCGGUGCUCGCGGAGUGCGAGAUCCGGGGCAAGGCGGCCAGCAUGGUGGUGACGUGGCCGGCGGGCGCGAGGCCCGCGGAGUUCGCGGUCAUGCGGCGCGUGGCGGCUGAGCUCGGCGUCGACACCAACAAGAUCGCCGCCAGGGUCUCCGGCCGGGCCGAGCUGGAUGCGUUGUACACCUGAGAAUUGAGAUGUUCUCUGCAUCUGCUUCCAAUUUCGUUGGCUGUACUGUCUGACGGAUUGGGUUUAUGGGGCGAGUUGGCUUUGGUAUACGAUGAAUCUUCCAAAUGCGGAUGAACAAAUUCUGAUCUCAAUUGUGUCAUCGCUGCAGUAGUGUACUGAGUUUGAAGCUGCCUUGCUUUGAUUGUACCAUGAGAGUGAAUUAAGCUAGUACCUGAUCUAUGAUCACUGCCUGUCAGCCACUUGAGUUCUGAUGAAUGUUCAGUGAAGGCUUGCUGGAAUGGUUGUCUGCCUA